AUCCCCGCGGAGUGAGGGCAGAAAACGGCGCUAUGAGGCCCCAGAGGAGAGCCAGGUGACAGAAUGCCGUUCAUUAUACGGGGAAGACCCCUGAGGGGGGCACAGUAUGCCAGCAAUAGAAGGACCACUCCCUCCGCUGAUGCCUCGGCGCUCUGGUCAGAAAGCCACACCCGUCUGCACCAGCUCCAUCCACCAGAGCCCCUGCAGGCCCCGGCCAGCACUGGCAAGCCUGUUGGCUCCUCUUAUGGCCUCCUUGGGGCCAAUAGUGGCAUUCAGGGCCCUGGUGGCACUGGUGUCACCCCAGUCCUUGCUUGGCAUGCUGCCAUUAGCGCCGCUCGCCAAGCACAGGGCGAUGAUGCAAAGCCUGACAUGAGUACACGGCCCUCAGUUUGCACUACUGGACCAGCACCCGUAGGUUCACUGGCGCAGAGGAAGAGGCAGCAGUACGCCAAAAGCAAAAAACAGGGAGGAUCUACAAACAGCAGGCCACCCAGGGCUCUGUUCUGCCUCACCCUCAACAACCCGGUCCGCAGGGCCUGCAUCAGCCUGGUGGAGUGGAAACCAUUUGAUAUCUUUAUACUGCUGUCUAUUUUUGCCAACUGUGUGGCCUUAGCCAUCUACAUCCCCUUCCCUGGAGACGACUCCAAUUCUACCAACCAAGAACUGGAGACAGUAGAAUAUGCCUUCCUGAUCAUUUUCACUAUAGAGACAUUUCUGAAGAUAAUUGCCUACGGCCUGGUCAUGCACCAAAACUCCUACGUCAGAAACGGCUGGAACAUGCUAGACUUUGUCAUUGUCGUUGUGGGGCUGUUCAGUGUAGUUCUGGAGAUGAUAACCAAAGACGCUGACUCUGGCGGCCAGUCUGGAGGCAAACCUGGGGGGUUUGACGUCAAGGCCCUCCGAGCCUUUCGCGUGCUCCGACCCCUUCGCCUUGUUUCUGGAGUUCCCAGUUUGCAGGUGGUUUUAAACUCCAUUAUUAAAGCUAUGGUUCCCCUGCUUCACAUCGCUCUGCUCGUCCUCUUCGUCAUUAUCAUUUACGCCAUCAUUGGCCUGGAACUCUUCAUUGGCAAAAUGCAUGCCACGUGCUAUGUGAUACAAACAGGUACCCUCGCGGAAGAAGAGCCCACGCCAUGUGCGGUAUCAGGGCAUGGCCGUCAUUGCCUGCUCAAUGGCACAGUUUGCAGAGAGGGCUGGCAAGGCCCCAACAACGGCAUCACCAACUUCGACAAUUUUUUGUUUGCCAUGCUCACUGUGUUCCAAUGCAUCACCAUGGAGGGCUGGACCGACGUUCUCUACUGGAUGAAUGAUGCAAUGGGCUUUGAGCUGCCUUGGGUUUACUUUGUCAGUCUGGUCAUCUUUGGAUCCUUCUUUGUACUCAACUUGGUCUUGGGUGUGUUGAGCGGAGAGUUUUCCAAAGAGCGAGAGAAGGCCAAGGCUCGGGGAGACUUCCAGAAGCUACGCGAGAAGCAGCAGUUAGAGGAAGACCUAAAGGGCUAUCUGGACUGGAUCACUCAGGCCGAGGACAUCGACCCUGAGAACGAGGAAGAGGGAGACGAGGAGGGCAAGCGUAACCGGGUCACGCUGGCUGACCUCACUGAGAAGAAGAAAGGAAAGUUUGGCUGGUUCACUCAGUCCACAGAGACACAGGCGAGCAUCCCCAUUAGUGAGACAGAGUCGGUGAACACAGAGAAUCACAAUGGAGAGGAAGACAAAUCAUCCUGCUGUGGACCGCUGUGUCAAAAAAUUACUAAGUCAAAGUGCAGUCGUCAGUGGCGGCGGUGGAACCGGCUCUGCCGUAGGAAGUGUCGUGCAGCUGUGAAAUCAGUGACGUUUUAUUGGUUGGUCAUCAUCCUGGUGUUCCUCAACACUCUCACCAUUGCCUCUGAGCACUACAACCAGCCAGACUGGCUGACUGAAGUACAAGAUGUAGCCAACAAAGUUCUCCUGGCAAUGUUCACCUUGGAGAUGCUGGUGAAGAUGUAUAGUUUGGGGCUCCAGGCUUACUUUGUGUCCCUGUUUAACCGCUUUGACUGUUUCGUGGUGUGUGGAGGCAUCAUAGAGACCAUCCUGGUGGAGCUGGCCAUCAUGUCUCCUUUGGGCAUCUCUGUUUUCCGCUGCGUACGCCUCCUUAGGAUCUUCAAAGUUACACGUCAUUGGGCAUCUCUCAGUAACCUGGUGGCCUCUCUGCUCAACUCCAUGAAGUCUAUCGCCUCCCUGUUGCUGCUGCUCUUCCUCUUCAUCAUUAUUUUCUCCCUGCUUGGCAUGCAGCUCUUUGGGGGCAAGUUCAACUUCGAUGAGACUGUGACCAAGAGGAGCACGUUUGAUAACUUCCCCCAGGCUCUGCUCACCGUGUUCCAGAUCUUGACAGGAGAAGACUGGAAUACGGUGAUGUAUGACGGUAUCAUGGCGUACGGUGGUCCGGCCUCCUCUGGAAUGGUGGUCUGCAUUUACUUCAUCAUCCUCUUCAUCUGUGGAAAUUACAUCUUGCUAAAUGUCUUCUUGGCCAUCGCUGUUGACAACCUGGCAGACGCAGAGAGCCUCAACACAGCACAGAGGGAGGAAGAGGAGGCCAAGAAGAGGAAGAACAGUGCCAAGGAUACAAGCAUAGAGAAGAAGAGAGUUGAAAUAACAGAAGCCCAAGAUGGCGAGACCAAGGUGCCAGCAGAGGUCUUGCUAGAAGAAGACAAGGAGUUGUAUUCUGCCAUCGACUCUCCAGUGUGUGACAAUGAUGACAAUAAUGAUGACCUCCCAGAAGUCCCCUCUGGACCCCGUCCCCAGAGGCUGUCUGAACUCAGCAUCAAAGAAAAGACUCCGCCCAUCCCGGAGGGCAGCGCCUUCUUCAUCUUCAGCAGCACUAACCCGUUUCGUGUAUUCUGCCAUAAGCUGAUCAACCAUCAGAUCUUCACCAACCUCAUCUUGGUCUUUAUCAUGCUCAGCUCCGUCUCUCUGGCUGCCGAGGACCCCAUUCGCAAUUUCUCUGCUCGCAAUAUUAUACUUGGUUAUUUUGACUAUGCUUUCACCGCAAUCUUUACUGUUGAGAUCCUGUUGAAGAUCCUAGGCUAUGCAGACUAUGUCUUCACUAGUAUGUUUACAUUUGAGAUCCUUAUUAAGAUGACAGCAUUUGGAGCGUUCCUUCAUAAAGGGGCGUUCUGUAGAAACUACUUCAACCUAUUAGACCUGCUGGUCGUUGGUGUGUCUCUGGUGUCCUUCGGCAUUCAGUCCUCUGCCAUCUCCGUGGUGAAGAUUCUCCGUGUUUUGAGAGUCCUCCGUCCACUCAGAGCCAUUAACAGAGCCAAGGGACUCAAGCACGUGGUCCAGUGUGUGUUUGUGGCCAUCAGGACCAUCGGCAACAUCAUGAUCGUCACCACCCUGCUGCAGUUCAUGUUUGCUUGUAUCGGUGUGCAGCUUUUCAAGGGGAAAUUUUAUCGAUGCACAGAUGACGCAAAGUCCAGCCCAGAGGACUGCAGGGGUACAUACAUUCUCUACAACAACGGGGACACAGCGCUGCCCAUGGUGAGGGAGAGGAUCUGGUACAAUAGCGACUUCAACUUUGACAACGUCCUCAUGGCCAUGAUGGCUCUCUUUACCGUCUCCACCUUUGAAGGAUGGCCCACCCUGUUGUAUAAGGCCAUCGACUCCAACAGAGAGAACAUGGGUCCCAUCUACAACUACCGCAUCGAGAUCUCCAUCUUCUUCAUCAUCUACAUCAUCAUCAUCGCCUUCUUCAUGAUGAACAUCUUUGUUGGUUUUGUUAUUGUCACCUUCCAGGAGCAGGGGGAGAAGGAGUACAAGAACUGCGAGCUGGACAAGAACCAGCGUCAGUGUGUGGAAUACGCUCUCAAAGCUCGUCCUCUGCGGCGCUACAUCCCCAAAAACCCCUACCAGUAUAAGUUCUGGUAUGUGGUCAACUCCACUGGUUUUGAGUACGUCAUGUUUGUCCUAAUCAUCCUCAACACCCUGUGCCUGGCCAUACAGCACCAUGGUCAGUCUCAUCUGUUUAACUACGCCAUGGACAUCCUCAACAUGGUUUUCACUGGGGUUUUCACUGUGGAGAUGAUCCUCAAGCUUAUCGCUUUCAAACCCAGAGGCUAUGUCGGGGACGCCUGGAACGUCUUCGAUGCUCUGGUGGUGAUUGGCAGUGUAGUCGACAUCAUACUCAGCCAGAACUAUUUUGCUGAUGCAUGGAACACGUUUGAUGCCUUAAUUGUUGUGGGUAGCGUGGUUGACAUUGCCAUCACUGAGAUCAAUAACACAGAAGACAGCGCUCGCAUCUCCAUCACCUUCUUCCGCCUGUUCAGGGUGAUGCGAUUAGUCAAACUGCUGAGCAGGGGGGAGGGCAUCAGGACUCUGCUGUGGACCUUCAUCAAGUCCUUCCAGGCUCUUCCCUAUGUUGCACUCCUGAUUGCCAUGUUGUUCUUCAUAUAUGCUGUAAUCGGAAUGCAGGUGUUUGGGAAAAUAGCCAUGGUGGAUGGAACACAAAUCAACCGCAACAACAACUUUCAAACUUUUCCUCAAGCUGUCCUGAUGCUCUUCAGGUGUGCUACAGGUGAGGCCUGGCAGGAGAUCAUGCUGGCCUGUCUGCCAGGGAAGCUGUGUGAUUCAGAGUCAGACUACAACCCCGGAGAGGAAAGAACCUGUGGCAGUGGUUUCGCCAUUAUCUACUUCAUCAGCUUCUACAUGCUCUGUGCUUUUCUGAUCAUCAACUUAUUUGUAGCCGUCAUCAUGGAUAACUUUGACUAUCUGACCCGUGACUGGUCCAUUCUGGGGCCGCAUCACUUGGAUGAGUUUAAAAGGAUCUGGUCCGAAUAUGACCCUGAAGCCAAAGGCAGGAUAAAGCAUCUUGACGUGGUGACUCUGCUGAGGAGGAUCCAGCCUCCGCUGGGCUUCGGCAAGCUGUGCCCUCACAGGGUGGCCUGUAAGCGUCUGGUGGCGAUGAACAUGCCCCUGAACAGUGAUGGGACGGUCAUGUUUAAUGCCACUUUGUUUGCUCUGGUCCGCACUGCUCUCAAGAUUAAGACUGAGGGUAACCUGGAACAAGCCAAUGAGGAGCUUAGAGCUGUCAUCAAGAAGAUCUGGAAGAGGACCAGCAUGAAGCUGCUGGACCAAGUGGUGCCCCCUGCAGGCGAUGACGAGGUAACAGUGGGGAAGUUCUAUGCCACCUUCCUGAUACAGGACUACUUCAGGAAGUUCAAGAGGCGGAAAGAGCAAGGUCUUGUGGGAAGGCGCUCAUGGGAGAGGCUGAACACCACCAUGGCUUUACAAGCCGGCCUGCGCACGCUGCAUGACAUUGGACCAGAGAUCCGUCGAGCCAUAUCAUGUGACCUGCAGGAAGAGGGGCUAGUAGGUGCUAAUGGAGAGGAAGAAGAGGAAAUCUACAGGCGUAAUGGUGGUUUGUUUGGGAACCAUGUCAACCAUGUCAGUGGCGAUCAGCAAGGCUCUUCCCACCCGACCACUGUCACCCAGCGCCCGCUACAGAUCCUGCCCUUCUCCUGCGGCUCCUCGACUGAACCCACCGAAACUGGCAGGAGAGCCAGCAACAAUGACAGGGAAGGAGAGACAGAGAUGAACUCUUCACCCAUCCAGUAUAAUCAUCAUUAUCACCCCCCUCAUCCGUAUAAUUACACUCACUGUAAUUCCACUCGCCAUCAAUCGCCAAUACCCUCCAAUGCCAACCUCAACAAUGCCAACGUGCCCUCACUUCUCUCCAUGACCAGUGUGAGGCAGCAGAAGUGUUUGUCCUCCACCCAAAAUGGAUCAUCAGCGUCCCCUUACAGCAAAGGAGUGCCGGACAAGCCUUGGAAAUCACACUCCUCAAGGACACGCUACUAUGAGGCCUACAUUAGGUCAGAAAGCGGUGGUGGACUUUACCCCACCAUUCGUCGAGAGGAGCCGAGCGGCAGGGACAGCGAUGAUGAGCGAGGCUCAGGAGAGUACUACAGCGGAGAGGAGUUUCAUGAAGACAACAUCAUGCUCACAAGGGACAGGUACGGCAACAGCAACUACUUUGACCCUGAGGUUUCCAGGGGCAACCACCAGCCUGAUAAUUACUAUGAUGAUGAUCAACAGCUCAUCUUCCAAGACAGCAGGCGGUCACCCAUGAGAUGGUUUUUACCCUCACCUCAAGCCUCAAACAGAACCACAUUUAGUUUUGAGUGUCUUCGCAGAAGAAGUAGUCAGGAUGAUGCUCCACCCUCUCCGUCCUGUACAGCUCUUCCACUACACCUGGUGCAGCAACAGGUAAUGGCGGUGGCCGGCCUUGACGCCAGCAGAAUUCACCGUUCGUCUCCGACAAGGUCGCUGCGCUCCUGGGCCACGCCUCCAGCUUCACCCAUCAGCCUCGACUGCUCGCCGUGCUACACACCGCUCAUACAGGUUGACUGGCGCAGUCCCGGCAGCGUGGGCAGCAUCCCCGGAGCGGUGAAGAGGAGUUCCUGGUAUACAGACGGCCAGGACGGCCCUCCCAGCCGCAGCCAAUCUCCGUCACAUCUACAGCUACCCGCAGAGAGCUGCUCUCACUUCCUGCAGAAGAGAGGCAGUGCCAACAGUCUGGUGGAGGCUGUGUUGAUCUCUGAGGGUCUGGGGAAAUACGCCAGAGACCCUAAGUUUGUGUCAGCGACCAAACACGAGAUUGCAGAUGCCUGCGAGAUGACAAUUGACGAGAUGGAGAGCGCCGCCAGCAAUCUCCUGAAUGGGAGCGUGGGCAAUGGCAACAAUAGGGCAACAGGGAACGUCAGCUCGGAGCCAAAUGCCACCACGCAUCUUAGAGACCGCAGCAUCCGUGACUACAGUGACGAGGAGCCGUAUGUGGCUGUGAAAUGCGAGGAGGACUUAACGGAUGAGAUGAUAUGCAUCACGUCGCUAUAGCAGCGGCUCACAUGGGAUUAUUUAGAUGUUUUUUGAAUUGAAUUUCUACUAUUGUUCCACAUUGAGGGG